UUCCAUGUACUAUUGAUUGUACUUUCUAUUCUGUAUCUUUGAGCUGCUGCCUUCAUGGUUCUUGCCUAAUGUUUCAACACCGAAUCUAAACAGCCCGGGCAAAGCCUUUACUCACAUCUGAGGAUUUCAACCCAUAUUCACACAGUUCAUUGCGUUUUCUCUAUAUGUGGAAACUGAUCAAGACUCAUCAGACCAUUGUUAGGGACAUAGUAUAAGAGAAGGGCUUCCUUAUUGCCUUACAGCCUCGUGGCAAUCAUCGACCAUCCAAUGAAUGAGCUGCACUCAGCCAUGGAUAGUCAAAGCCUACGUUUACGCGGUCCCGAGGGAUCACGAGACGGAAAUGAGAUGUCUCGAAACACUACGAAGAAUACGCACUUGGGUCGUUUGACUCGGAAGCAAAAGGCACGAAAGCAGGCUCAAGCGAAGGAGGCUCUGAGAUGGCAAAUCCCUCUUUUCCUGACUACUGCACUAUCAUUCCUCUACCUCCUCAGCCCUACCGAGACCAACAUUGCAUACCCUUUGAUAUUUCUCUCUUACAAGACUCUAAACACUACUGAUGCCUUCGCGGCGCCAGAGUAUGGCAAAGGACCUCGCGACAUUGCCUUCGUAGGGUUCUACGCCCUUGUCCUGUUCUUCGCGCGAGAAUUUAUCACGCAGAAGAUUCUGCGCUCUCUAGCAGUUUACCUUGGCAUCACAUCCCGCAGCAAGAUAGCACGCUUCAACGAGCAAGCAUUUGUCGCGCUGUACACUGGAAUCGUUGGUCCUCUCGGCCUUUAUGUGAUGUAUCACUCGCCAACGUGGUAUUUCUCGACGGCCGGCAUGUACGCUGCCUACCCACACAAGACACACCUUGCAGUAACGAAGUUUUACUAUCUCUUCCAAGCUGCGUUCUGGGUCCAGCAGGCGAUGGUCAUGAUUCUUGGGCUCGAGACGAGACGCAGGGACUUCAGAGAGCUUGUGGUUCAUCACAUUGUCACUGUGUCGCUGAUCGCGCUCAGCUACCGUUUUCACUUCACUAUGAUGGGUGUGUUGGUCUACGUGACACACGAUAUUAGUGACUUCUUCUUGGCUACUUCCAAAGCUCUCAACUAUAUCGACAGCCCAUUGCAAGGUCCUUAUUUUACCCUCUGCAUCAUUUUCUGGAUCUACUUACGCCAUUACAUCAACCUGAAGAUCCUGUACUCAAUCCUUACCGAGUUCCGCACCAUCGGCCCAUAUGUUCUGGAUUGGGAAGCGGAGCAGUAUAAAUCUGGCAUAUCAAACGUCAUCACGUUUGCGCUGUUGGCGUCACUACAGGCCUUGAAUCUGUACUGGUUAUACUGUCUCUUUCGAAAUGCCUACCGAUUCGUCGUUUUGGGCGUUGCAAAAGACGACCGUGAAGACGAUGUUGACAACGAGAAAUAACUAAAAAGAUUGAUGCGAGAGAGUUAUCCUAAGUAUCGUAGCCACGGUCUUCUGAGAUCAUGCCGCCGGCAAGUGGCAUGCGAUGACAGGAUACGAUGCGGCCCAUGCGUGGGUAUAAGAUGGCCAUGGCGCAGAUGACGCAAUGCUCCCGUGUG